UCUUUUUUGGUUUUACCUGGGUCAGGGUGGUUUUUUGGCUUCCCGCGUGGGACUCUCACUUUUUUUUGGUCAGUGUCUGUGGUGUUGGCGGCGAUGAGUUCUCAGAAGGGAAACGUGGCGCGUUCCAGGCCCCAGAAACACCAGAAUACGGUUAGCUUCAAAAAUGACAAGUUUGAUAAGAGUUCUCAGACCAAGAAAAUUAACUCAAAACUUCAUGAUGGAGUGUGUCACCACUGUAAAGAAGUUCUUGAAUGGCGGGUCAAAUACAGCAAAUACAAGCUGCUCUCAAAGCCUAAAAAAUGUGUUAAAUGUUCACAGAAGACAGUGAAGGAUUCUUAUCACAUAAUGUGUAGAUCAUGUGCCAGUGAACUUGAGGUUUGUGCAAAAUGUGGGAAGAAAGAAGACAUUAUUAUUCCGUUUAAUAAAGAAACAGAAAAGAUGGAAAAUAUUGAAGAUAACCUACAUUCUAACCACAGAAGAAACUGUAAAGGAAAUGAAGAAGACGAUGCUUUAGAUUUUGAUAUUGAUUUAGAUGACACAGAAGAUGAUGAUCAAAUAGAUUAAUAUCAUUCUAUUGGCUGCCUGAAUUAUGAAAUCUGAACAAGUUUUGUUUUUGAAUACUUUGCGAGAUAACAUUUUGUGAAAUCCUAAUAAGAAAAUCAAUAAACCUCUGAAAAGAAGCACCA